GCUGACGAUGGGCGUUGCCUCCUGAACUUCUCUGAAAGGUGUGACGAUUUUGUCUCGCUGCGAAAUUCCUCCUCUUACAUCUAUCUGUCCUCUCCCUGAGUUGAAGACAUUUCACUACAAGAGUAACAAUGUCUGUUUGGGAUGACCUGGACCUGCUCUUGGACUCCCCCUCCUCACUGACUGUGACAUCCAAUGUAAGAGGAACUGUGAAGGACAAGGUAAACUUUAAAGUGGAUGAAGAUGUGUCUGCACUAAGGAACGCCAUGGAGGGCCUUGGAACGACAGAAAAGACCCUAGUUGAGGUGUUGACACAAAGAAGUAACGCCCAGCGUCAGAUUAUUGCUAAGGCUUACGAGAAAACCACCGGAAGGAAACUAGCAGAUGACCUGGAGGGUGACACCCACGGAGACUUUGAGGACUUGUUGGUAGCCUUGAUAACGCCUCCUGCUGUCUACGACUGCCACGAGGUCAUCAAAGCAAUCAAGGGUGCAGGGACCACAGAGAGCACGCUGACAGAGAUCUUUGCCUCAAGAUCCAACAGACAGAUUGCGGCCUUGUCUGAAGCAUACCUUGCAGAAACUGGAAAAUCCCUGAUUCAUGACCUGCAGUCGGAGGUGUCUGGAGAUUAUGGCAAAGCGCUGCUCAUCUUGGCUGAGGGGAAGAGAGACGAGAGCACCAACGUGGAUUCUGCCAAAGCUAAAGCAGACGCUAAGGCUCUGUAUGAAGCAGGGGAGAACAAGUGGGGAACCGAUGAGGACAAAUUUAUCGACAUCCUGUGCCACAGGAGUAUUCCUCAGCUCCGACAGACUCUGGUCGAGUACAAGAAUAUCAGUAAGAAGACUCUGCAGGAGAGCAUCGAGAGCGAAAUGUCUGGAGACCUGGAGAAGCUACUAGUGGCUGUCGUUAAAUGUGUGAAGAGCGUUCCUGCAUACCUGGCUGAGAGGCUUUUUAAGAGCAUGAGGGGUGCGGGGACCACAGAGUCCACUCUGACCAGGAUAAUAGUCAGUCGCUCAGAGAUGGACCUGCUGGACAUCAGAGCAGAAUAUAAGAAGCUGUUUGGAUGCUCCCUCUACUCCCAGUUAGAGUCUGAAGUGUCAAGCGAUUACGGCGACGCCCUCAAACAUCUAUGUGGCCAAGACGAGUAACUCCUCCCAGCUCCACUGAUGAGAAACAUGUGGUACGAAGUACAGAUGGAAAGAACUGCAACUAAUCUGGACGACCAGUCAGACGACCUCAACAAUAGCAUCAUACUGAUAAACUCGUUUGAACUUAGCUGGAACGAACCAUCGAGAAAUACUUUUGUAUGUGGACUCCCACUGACUGACUGUUUAAACCACAGUGCUGUCAAGACUGAAUAUUAACACACACACGGAUAAUAAUAAUGGAAAUGGGGUUGCUGUUGAAAUGUCUCUGAAUUUGUAAAAAUGUUUGUAUUCAACUGAUAGAUUUUAACUCCCCAUUUCUUAUAUUUUUUUCUCUCUUUCAUACUCUUAACAGAAAUUGCCUAAAAGCUGGCACAUAAAUAACUGAUGUAACCAUACAUGUAACGUUAAAUAAAAUAAAGACACUGUAUUCUACUA